GGCCGCGCCGCAGACAGAACCCGAAGCCCCCAGCCCGGGGAGUCAGCAGGUCGGCGCCGUGAGCACUGCAGACAAGAUGGAGCAUUUAUCUGAAAAAGCAGCUGAACGGCUCCAUGCUGAAAUAAUUAAUGAAGCAGACACACCUCGCACCCGUGACCUCAAGCUCUUACGGGCCAAGCGCUUAGCUUACUAUGGAAGGUGUGGAAGGACAAAGAUUUACUCUUGUGGUACUGAUGAUAAACCAAGUUCAUCAGCUUCCAGAGGAGCAGUUUUACAUUCUGCAGUGAGCACUAAAGAAGAAGAAAAUCAGACUUCCACAUUAAAUGGCUCUCAGCAACCCAAUAAUGCAACAAAUGGAAGGAAACUUUUAAUUCAGAGAUCAUCUGGAGUAAACCAUCAAGGAAAAGAGCAAGAAACAGUUAUCACAAAUCCAGAAACACAUAGCAAAUAUAUGAGCCAGACCUGUAUUUCAGAAUUAGAUCAUAGACUACUUGAGGAUCUGACUGUUCCAGAGACACACAAACUCCAGCAUGUUAUGAGUUGGGCACAAUUGGUCCUUAGUAAAUCUCAGCAAGCAGCUCAUCUGCUGAAAUGCUCACAGUUAUCUCAAGGACUUAUUUUGCCUCAAGGCAAUGAAAGUGAAAUAGCACUAAGCAGGGAGACGAAAGAAACCAGAAGCUCAUCUAGUUCUUUGUCAUCAUUGACAGAUGAUUUUAACCUCAAUGCACAUGCUAAUAUUUGCAAGAGUUCCAGCUUUUCUUCAAUCUCUGAAGUUAACUCAGAGCAUACAGAGAGGUGCAUUUCUCUUGAUCCUUUAAGAGAUAAAACAUUAGCCCCUGAAAACAAAUAUUUCUAUAACAUUCAGGCUAAUAAUAAUAAUAAUCAGAGAAAGACAAUAAUUAGCAUCAAGAGAGAAAGAAGGAACCCUGAGAUCUCCCCAUGUAUUUUUGGCCAGCUUGCACUUGCUGAUGAAACCUGGAACAGCAAAGAAAAAUCAAAUUUUCAAAAUAUAAGUGAGAAAGAUAUGUGGUCAGAGAUGCAUAGUGUCCAGCCACAACCUCCAGUUGUGUGUAAAACUGACAAUUCAAGUAAAACUGCAGAGGCUCCACGUGAAGAUCCUAGUACUUAUUUUUGGGCUCCCCUAGCUGAUAGUUCAGAUGAGGAAUGCACAGACAGAAUUGUGACGACAAAGAGAUCAAAUAGGUCUGGUGCUGAGAUCAAGGAGCACAAAAAAUCUUCACACAGCAUAUUUUCACUUAAAGAAAAAAAUAUAAAAUAUUUGAGUUCUGGUGUGCUGGGUGGUAGUAUUGCUUCCAUGAGGAAGAUGCACAGCAAUGGAAAAUGGUCCGUGGGAGAAAAGCUCAUAUUAGAUAACAAAGAAAAUUAUAAACACAAAGAUUUCAACUUGGCCUUAAAGGCUCAUGGCUGCAGUGAAGGGAAGGUUAUUGCAGAUAGCAUCAAGGAGGAGGCUGAAAACAGAUGUAUCCCCUUCUCUAGUGAAUCUGAUGUUGAAAAUGAUGAAUUGGAAGAUCUGGUGGUAGAUUUUACACCUCUGAAGAGAGAGAAAGAUCAUAGAAAUGAAUCAAGAUUCAAGGAUAUGGAAGACUCGCAUUCCUCUGAGGCGAGAAAAUGGAUUAGAGAAGAGCAAACAGACAGUAUCUUCAGUAGCACAAGUUUUGACAAUAGUAUGGGUAAAGGAAAUAAUUACAAGAGAGCUCAAAAAGAAAUAGAGCUAAAAUGCUCUAAGAUAGAUCCAGCCAUGCAAAGUAGCAAUCCUUUGCUGAAUUCAUUAGUGAACCGUCCGGAACACACUUUUAAAGUUUGCCCUGACUGUGAAAGUCUCAGUUAUCCAGAUAUGACUUGGUGCAGUGGAUGUGGUUGUGUUUUAUUAGGUGUAUUAACACAGUCUAGUAAAGACAACAUGGAACAUAAAUCCAAAGUAUUCCUAGGAGAUGUGACUGACAAGCAGAAUAAUGUUUUCAGUCAAGUCAUCAAAUCUUCACAAAUUUCAGAAAGCAGCUCAGAGGAAUUCCCGAAACUAAGAGAAAGAAGUGAUGAUUGCCAAAAGAUAUGCUGGGAUGAUAAGCCACUGUUAUAUUCAGACUGUGAUAUUAGUGUUUUGGAUAAAUAUUAUUUUUAUUUGGAUCAGUUAAAUAAGGCCAGAUGUCUUCAUCCCAAAGAGAGAAACCAGCCAUUUUCUUUCCAAGAAUACCUUGGAUACUCUAAAGAGGAAAAGAUCGCCAAACAUCUUGAGGGUAAGGUGGUUGAGCAAGAGGAGACUGAAGAAACUCACAGUGAUUGUGGAGCUACUAAACUAAGCUAUGUUAAUGACAUAAAUCCUGAUGCCAUAGAACAAGAGAACAGCCAUCUUGAAGAACAGGACACAUCUGAAGGAGAAUCUACUUUUAUGAAACUUUUGGAUGAUCUCGAGUUGAAUAGUAAAACAGAGCAGAAAAAAAGCAAAGUUUCAAUAGAUAGGAAACUCUCAGAAACCAAAAGCAUUAGAACACAACUGACUGGUUCUAAGAGGUAUUGGGAGAAAUCCAGCAUUGCAUGGUCAUCUUACACACAUGGAGAACUGAAGCCAAGAUCACAAUGUGUACAAAGACCAGUCUCAGCUGAUGUAGGCAAGAAGAUGGUCUAUAAAGCUCAAAAUAUUCAGCCUUCAGGCACUGACUCCAAGCAACCUUGCAAAAGUACAUUUCAAGGUUUUGAGGAAACAGUAAAUUGGGAUAAUAACUGUGAGAAUGACCUCUCAGUUUGGCUGCUUCUUCCGGAUGAACUGUGGCUAUGCAUCUUCUCAUUGUUUUCCCAUAAAGAGCUUUCUCAGGUUGCCCAAGUCUGCCACCGUUUCCACCAGCUUGCGAGGGAUGAGUCCUUUUGGAGGCAGAUUCAGAUUUUAGACUGCCAUUGCUUGAAUGAUGAGUGGCUGAUCCACCUGGGACUACACCAUCCCCAGUGUUUCACUCUUUACCAUUGCCAUGAUGAAACACAGAGCAUUACUCAUAAGGGGUUAAUGAAGUUCUUUCAGCACUGCCGAGACUCUCUUAAGGAAUUGAAGAUAACAAGCUGCAGUGGUCCUAGGUUGCGAGGGGACACAAUUCUUCUCCAUGCAAGCUCCUUUUGCAGCCAGCUGACAUCCGUGGAUAUAAGCUGGACAGGGGCUACUGAUUUAGGGGUCAUUGCUCUAGCAGAAGCUUCUUUAAGCCUCCAGGCCCUUUCUGCUAAUGGAUGCCAGCUGACAGAUGAUGCUAUAAAUGCCUUGAUUGAAAAGCAUGGGAAAAGUCUCAGUAAACUAGAAAUAUUUGGCUGCCAUGCUCUUACUAACAAGUGCCUGGGUUUCAUGGCUAGAGAGUGUCCAAAUCUGCAGACGCUGAACAUUGGCAGAGUCCCCAAGGUUACUGAUGUCUGCUUGGCGAAGAUAGUGAAUUGUCUGAAAAAGCUAACUACACUCAAUAUAACUGGGCUCAAUGUGGUAAGAGACCGUGUUGUCCACUUUAUUGUAACACAGUGUCCUAAACUGGAGUGUCUGGUUCUCAGCUCCUGCUCCCAAGUGACUGAUAUAAGCCUAGUGGAAAUUAGCACCUACCUGCAAACAAUCAGAUAUCUUGAUGUGAGUGGCUGUAAAAGGGUGACUGAUGUAGGAAUUCAAGCUUUGGCAGGGAGCUGCCGCCAGCUUCAUUACCUUGAUCUGAGCUCUACAGGAACAAGCAAGAGGGGGGUCUGCUUGUUGGCCAGCUUCUGCCAUAUCAGUUUGGAAUGUGUGAAGCUCAGUUUCUGCAAGGAUAUCACUCUGGAGGCAGUUAAAAAACUCUGCAAAAACUGUAAAAGGUUGAAGUUGCUUCAUCUCUAUGGCUGCCACAUCACUGAUCUGGAGUCCAUUAAAGAAAUCAAUAAAACAGUGCAAGUGUAUCACGACCUCUGUUUCCCACCUGCUAAUAUUUAGUUGAAUGAGGAACUCUGUCUGUUGCUAUGGACACCUUGGCUUGUAAAUAUGACAAUGCUUCAGCAAAGAGAUGCUAUAUCAGUUAGUCUUGUACAUAUUUUUAAUUGUAAUCUCAGCACGGGGUUGGGAACCAUGAAUUCCUGAACUGUAAUCCUGACACUGACUCCGUUUCUAGUUUUGCCCAAGUCACUUACCUUCCUCGCAGGGGUGUUGUGAAGAUAAUGCAUGUGAUACAUUUUUAAGAUGAGAAAUAGAAUUCACAUGCUAAAUAUUACUAAAUGUAUUACCCUUGCUAUUUGAUUGGAAAGAAUAAAAACGUGGGUCAAAAUCCGCAAUGAUGUCAGUGGUGGUCAGCAGGUGUAAGCUCCGGUGUAAAAAAAAUGUUUGCAGUUGGCAAAGGAGUGUAACUUGCAGUGGCUGUGCACACUGAAUGAUAUACACCACUUGGUAUUCUGUGGGGAACAACUUUCAAAUCUUGUGUCAGCGGCUUCAAAUCCCAUUGAAGUCACUAGAAAAAAGAAGAGAAAGGGAAG